CCAGUAGAAGACCAUCACCAGCAUUUGAAUCCUGUUCUUAGAUCAAUCUCCCGCUCAAACUAAAAUCGUCCCGAUUUCUAUACCAUCAACCCAUCUUCAGAGUAUCUCGUUUCGUCACUCUAGUAGAGGUCUAGCUCAUCCAUCUUUAACAGCUCCAAGGGCUACCCAUUGGACAAUUAGCCAUUUCGAACAUUGGACGGCGUGAAUAUCCACCCGUACUUUACCGUCCAAUCCCUCAGAAAAAAUGGCAGAGCAGAAGGCUCCAGAUGCAUCGACUCGGCUAUGGGGAGGUCGUUUCACCGGCCAAUUGGACCCGCUCAUGAUUGCAUACAAUGAAUCAAUUUGGUUUGAUCGUGCAUUCUGGGCUCAAGAUAUCAAUGGAUCCAUCGCUUUUGCAAGAGCGAAUGUUGCAACAGGAAUCCUGACCCAAUCCGAAUUUGCAACCAUUGAGAAAGGGUUCAAUGCAAUCCGAAAAGAGUGGGAGUCCGAUAAAUUCGAAAUCAAGCCCGGUGUUGAUGAGGACAUUCACACCGCCAAUGAAAGAAGGUUGGGCGAAAUCAUCGGCAAAGACAUUGCGGGAAAAUUGCAUACUGGACGAAGCCGCAAUGAUCAAGUCGCCACCGAUCUUCGAUUGUGGUUGAGAGAUCAACUUCGUGAAAUUGAGGCAUGUUUAGUUGACUUCCUCAAUGUCAUUGCGGAGCGUUCCGAGAAGGAAAUGGAUCUGAUCCUUCCCGGUUAUACUCAUUUGCAACGAGGACAACCGGUUCGAUGGAGCCACUGGCUUAUGAGCUAUGGCUCUUUCUUCUCGACUGAUCUGGAACGGUUACGAGAAGUGCUGAAGCGGGUCAAUCGAUCUCCUCUUGGAUGUGGAGCUCUUGCUGGAAAUGCGUUCAACAUCGACCGGGACGCCAUGGCCAAAGAACUUGGAUUUGACGAGUUGAUGCCAAAUUCCAUGGCUGCUGUGGCUGAUCGGGACUUCAUCAUCGAGGCUAUGCAAUGGGGCUCGAUGUUAAUGCUUCAUAUUUCGAGAUGGAGUGAGGAUUUGAUCAACUACAGCACAGCGGAAUUUGGGUUUGUUCGACUCGCCGAUGCAUAUACCACGGGCAGCUCCUUGAUGCCUCAGAAGAAGAACAGUGACUCACUCGAGCUUCUACGAGGCAAAUGUGGCCGGUGUUUCGGCCAAAUGGCUGGUCUGAUGAUGACGGUAAAAGGUAUCCCAUCGACGUACAACAAGGAUCUUCAGGAGAGCGUGGAACCGAUGAUUGAACAUGUCAAGACUGUCAAAGAUAGCACAUUGAUUGCUACUCGAGUCCUUGCUACCCUUACCACUUUCCCCGAUAAAAUGCUUGCUGCAUUAACUCCGGACAUGUUGGCAACGGACCUUGCCGAAUAUCUUGUCCGCAAAGGCGUUCCCUUCCGAGAAACACAUCAUAUUUCCGGAAGAGUCGUUGCUCUUGCCGAGGACAUGUCGAUUCGGAUGGACAAGUUGAGUUUGGAACAAUUGCAAUCGGUCGAUCAACGGUUUGGAAAGGAUGUGCUCGAAGUGUUUAAUUACGAAAAGGCCGUUGAGUUGAAGUCCGCUAUAGGUGGAACUAGCCGAUCUGCGGUACUGGAGCAGAUUAGAGUGCUGCAGAGCAAGGUGCAAGGAAACUAACGUCGAAGUUGGUUGAACAUCAUGUUUGCCUCUACCGUCUCCAAGAUGAAUGACAAGAAAAGGGAUAGAGAUCUGGCAAAAGAAUUGGGAAAUUCGCAUUCGGAUCUCCGUCUUCAGUGGUCUUAAAAGGUGUUGUAUUCAGGGAUGCUUUUCAAUGCCUGUCGAGUAGAAGAUAUAUGUAUAAGUUCAAUCUAAGUUCUUCGCUCUCUUCUCAAG